AUGAGCUGUGAACUCCCAGAAACACAGAGUCAGUUGGGCUAUACAAGAAUCACUUCGAGCAAAACGCGAUUAAUCCAUGUUUGCAUAUUCUCAUCUAACAUUGUCCUUAGAACCCCGAAUCUCACAGCUAGCUCUCCAAGCUACCGCCGGAGAUCAUCAAUCUUUAUUGACGGCAUUCAUGAUGUGAAAGAUGACAAUGCUUCGAUGAUGGCACCCGCUCAGCUAUAUAGUACUAUGUCUGGUCGUUUAUUUCACUGUGGUCGAAUUGCUAUUGUCCUUGUAGGUUUGCCAGCUCGGGGAAAAACAGUCUUACACGGAAAAUACAGGCACAUUUCUGUCUCGUUAUCAAGAUAUCUCCAAUGGUUGGGGGUCAAGACUCGGGUUUUCCAUCUCGGCGAUUAUCGGCGAGCAACUCUAGGAGAGAAUCAGGACGUGCCUGAAGAUUACUUUUACAUCGAUCCCUCACCCAGCUCGUUGAAUCUCCGCGACAAAAUUGUGAAGAAGUGCCGGGAAGAUCUUUACACCUGGCUGAACAACGAGAAUGGUCAGGUUGCAAUAUACGAUGCAGUCAAUCCUCACUCUGAAGGAAGAAGAUCUCUAGCUUUAGAAUUUGCUAAAAACGAAGUUCAGACAAUUUUCAUCGAAUCAUAUGUGACGGAUCGGAGUAUUCUAGCAGAGAAUGCUCGCAGUGUCAAGAUUAACUCCCCAGAUUUUAAAGGAAUGAACGCGGAUGAAGCUGCCCAACUUUACCUGAGAAGAAUCGAUAUGAAAAUACCCCAUUUCCAGACGAUGAAUGAAAAGGAUCUCAACUAUAUUAAAAUGAUAAAUGCUGGUCAGAGUAUUCAGUACAAUAACGUGAGCUUUGGUUACUUAUCCUACCGCAUCGUAUUUUACCUCAUGAACCUUCAUAUUAAGUCCCGCGCAAUAUAUUUUGCUCGUGCUGGUCCUUCAGAUGAUGAGAAUUCUUACAAGUCAGAUGAUUCUCUGGGAGAUGAUGGCGUGUAUUAUUCUCAAAAAAUGACGAACACAUUAUUAGCAUACAUCAAAAAUCAGAACGCCCAAGAUUCCAAAGCCGAAAACUCCACAGAGAAGCUCCUCACUGUCUGGACAUCUGACAGCAAAAACUCAUAUGAAACUGCUAUUCCGCUUGAAGAGGAGGGCUUCAAAGUCAGACAGCGGUCUCAAUUAAGCCAGAUCAACCCAGGGGUCUGCGAAAAUUUAAACGAAAGCUCUAUCCGCAAACUGUAUCCGGACGAAAUUGAAAAGCAUGAGGCCGACCCCUACCAUCAUAGAUAUCCAAGGGCCGAGAGCUAUCAUGACCUCGCCGUUCGUUUAGAACCAAUUAUUCUCGAGCUUGAACGCGAAGAGAACGAUCUCCUUAUUAUAGCACAUGAGUCUGUCCUCCGUGUUCUGUACGGUUACCUAAUGGCGUGCGAUGCAAUGCUUAUUCCAGCACUUUAUUUUCCUCGCGAUCAAAUAAUCGAGAUUGUUCCUUCAUCUUAUCAAAAUGAGGCUCGAAUAAUUAAGAUUCCUGAUCUCAAAUCUAAUGACACAUCUAAUGAAAUUAUCCCUGCCCCGAUACCCAUCAUUCUCUGUCCUGCUGGAAAUGAUUCACCAACGGAACUUUCGAACCAAAGUAUAAAUUUCCAUACCGAAGAGCACCCAUUAUCGUUGGAUUAA